AGAGUCGAGAGGUUACGGCGUAAUCCCGGAAGCGUACGACAGGCCAAGCAAACACUCCCACUCCCAUUGCCGAAUGCAUAUAUAUGAGCGCUCCUUUUAAUUCCCACCUCUCCGUAACAUACACACGGGCGCCCCAAGGCAGGCAGCCGGAGACAAACCCUUUCACUUCCUUUACUUUCCCUCCAUUUCAUCAAUCUCGCUCCAUCACUUUCCAUGUCGAUUGCUCCUUUUGCGGACUGCUCAUCGCGCAUGUGCCCGCUCUGUAUGUUUCAAUGUAUAUUGCACAACGAUUGAACGCCCUACUCCACCUUCUCCCCUCAAUACCUCUGCUGCGUCACAUCAUCCUCGGUAAUCCAUAUUUCACAGUGUCAUAAGCAAAAUGGACGAUACCCAUAAGGCGGGGCAGGAUUUGCUCCACGGCCCCGGCGCAGGUCUUGCUCAAAACCAAGUUCAAGUUCGGGAGCCAGGAUUUGCAGUGACAAAGGAGGAUCAGAACCUUAAAGAAGAUGAGCAAUCAGCCUGCCCAAUGUUUAACGACUUUCACGAACUUCCUUGCCUUCAAAAACCGAUUGAGGACGAUGAGGAUUUACCUGAUCAUACUGCCGUUGAAGCUGCUGCUGCUGAUGCUAAAGUUGUGGAGGUUGCUCUGGAUGAACCGCCUGAAAGUAAAGAAGAUGCCAUGGAGACUGAUCCUCCAAUUGGGAACGAAGAUAAUCCUUCUGCACCUCCCAUUUCACCUGACAUCUCUCUGCCUUCAAAUGCCGCAAAUCAGAGUGCGGCACUCGUGAAGAAUGCAUGGAUUGAUAUUGAAAUGGCUGAGGGUGACGAAUCGGGGACACCAGAGGAUAGGGUGGCAUUUAUGAAGGAGAUCGAAAAUUUCCACCGGGAGAGGGCUUUGGAGUUUAAGCCUCCUAAGUUUUAUGGGGAGCCACUAAACUGCCUGAAGUUAUGGAGAGCUGUUAUUAGAUUGGGAGGCUAUGAUGUGGUGACUGCAUCUAAAUUAUGGCGACAAGUUGGAGAGUCUUUCCAUCCCCCAAAAACAUGCACGACAGUCUCUUGGACAUUUCGCAUUUUCUAUGAGAAGGCACUUUUAGAGUAUGAAAAGCAUAAAAGACUAACGGGGGAACUGCAACUACCUGUUGGAUCCCUUCCUCAGUCUACAAAUACAGAAAAGGAGACUGGCUACUAUCAAGCUCCUGGCUCAGGUAGGGCCCGAAGGGAUGCUGCAGCUCGUGCCAUGCAGGGUUGGCAUGCACAACGUCUGGUUGGAUAUGGCGAGGAUGCUGAGCCUAUAAUAAAGGACAAGAACUUGGGCUCUACAUCUAAGCGUGAAAAAAAUCUCAAGAACAUUGGUUUUCCAAAACACAAGAUGCUAACUAACACAGACCACGUUGGAAGAGAUGCAGAUUUUGAAUCAGACAAGCAAGUGAUGACAACAGUUAUGGAUGUUGGACCUCCAGCUGAUUGGGUCAAAAUUAAUGUGCGUGAGAUGAAUGACUGCUUUGAAGUAUAUGCAUUAGUUCCAGGGCUUUUACGAGAGGAGGUUCGGGUUCAAUCCGAUCCAGCUGGACGUCUGGUAAUUACUGGUCAACCUGAGCAGGUUGAUAAUCCUUGGGGCAUCACGCCUUUUAAAAAGGUGGUGAGCUUACCCACAAGAAUUGAUCCUCUUCAGACAUCUGCCGUGGUGAGCCUUCAUGGCCGACUUUUUGUGCGAGCUCCUUUUGAGCAAGGAUCCAUGUGAGCCUCCUUGGUUUGAUUGAGAGAGACUCCUUAUGUUUUCAGGGCAAGAAUCUUGCAUUUGUAGUAAGAGAGGAGUUGUAUAAUUCAUGGGCUGUUUAGGUUAGGAACCUUGAAAGUUGAUAAUUUUGUUGGGGGAAUCUCUCCGUGGAAGUUGGAAGCGGUUUGAAGUUGAUUCCAGUGUUUCCUGAGAUGAGUAAGAUCCAUGGCGAAGAAAUUACUCAUUUGGUGAAUGCAUCACCUUGCACCCGAUGCAACGCUAGGUAAGGUGAUGCUGACAUAGAAUCCUGCAUUAAAAAUCUAGAGAAUAUGUCCACACUGAAACCGGCCUUUGCUCUUUCCUCCCAUGAUUAUUAACACUUUCCGCUUUGCUUCUGGCUUUAGGGUAGUCCAGGAUCAACAUUAUCAUUUCGACUUAUUGGUUGUCUCCUCCAACUUCUCACUUGUUUUAUAUGCCCGGUUUGAGAUGAUAAUAACUUUGUGGGGUUGAUUCCCUGAUAUAUUAUAAUGGUAUUCAUCUAUAAUAUUGACGCAAUUAAUAGUAA